CUCUCCGCGGGCCCGCCGCCGUCUUUGUCUUUGUGAUAGACCGGAAUAUAAUUAGAGAGGGAGAAUCGUAUAUAUGACAGAGUCGCAUAACUGACCGGAAGCUUAGCUCACAUCGGCAUCCUCUCGUCUCCCCCCCCCCCUGUCCGUCCGUGAAUACUGCCGGUGUCCACACACCAGACUCCGCGCGCUCGCUUCCGUGUCUAUCGGGGGUUCCCAAUGAGAAACAAAAUUGCAAAAUGUUACAAUGCAAAGACCUAAUCAUAAGUCAAAGUCGUCGCGCCCUUGGAGCGAACCCAAGUGGAACGACCAAUACCAGCAAUGGUAUUCGGAGCGAGUAGGUCGGCACGGUACCGUAGAGUAUGACUGGAUCGGGCCGACCCUCCCUGACGCCCAUGACCAGAGCAUUCCGCGGUCCGACCAAACCAUUGACAACUUGACCGAGGGGGUCGGACACUUGAGCGUGGGCCAAAACGUCUACGCCGAAUCCUUCGAAUACGGAGGCCAUCACCACCCUACUGUCGAGCAUACUAGCUACACGCUCGACACACACCAAACCCAGGAGCCCAGCUACUUGGACAAUCCGCAAGCGCAGCAGCACAGCGACAAAGGAAAGGGGAAGUCGGUCGCCGUUGGGUCGGUCGAGGAAUACGGCCGCCCUUCCCUCGACAGCAACCUACCACAAGCCACCGACGGGUUGGGAUUGGCUAGCAACGGAUACAUCCCAGAAACGCACUCGCAAUAUAUCGAGCCUAACUACCAGGGUAUCGGAAAUACUACUACCACCACGACCAGCCCCUUUUCAAAUAUCGCAGAUCCACAUGCAAAUGUGUACGGGUCUGAGGGAGCCCAGCACUCCUACAACGAAACCGAGUAUGAGGAAGCCAUCCGCAGGAGCCAUAACGAGUAUUACGGAACCAAGAAGACGGGCGAAGCAUCGUAUUCGACAGCUUUAGAAGACGCCGCCGCGCCGCCAUCCUGGGCCCCCUCCGUAGAUCCAAACGCUUACGAGCUCGGUUCGGCACAGCCAGAUGCCGUGGGCUCGCCGCCGACGCCCCGCAGCGGCUCUCCGAUAGCCCCGUUAUAUCCCAAUUAUAUCCAAGGAACUCCAGGGGAAGAGGAAACGGUAGAUAGUCGGUACCGAGUAGAACGUUCUACGCGGUUCCAGCCAGGGGAAGUAUUCAAAAUCCUGUGGUCUGAACCUCGCGGUCAAGUCGGUGGCGAUGACCCGAUUUCCGACGUAACUAAAAUGAAUAUCGCGGGCGGUGGCAGAUUCUAUAUCGGCUUCCGUAGGUUUAUUAUCGUCACGACAGACGAAAGCCAUCACAGCACUUGCGUCCCAAUCUUGACGUACGACCGGAGGGGAUGUCUAAAGAAAGGCGUGAGACCCAGCAAACAUGGUAUCAUUUACAUGGCAGGGCAGAAGCCGAGGCUGCUCAAGAACGAGCCCCAGCUAGGAUUCGAACCAGUGGCUCUUCAGGUCUACGCAGAGGGCGAGAAACUUGCUAGGGAGUCGCGAGUUAAUUACUCCAAAUUGGUUACUAUCGAGCACAACGUCAAAGUCUUCUUCAUCGGUUCGAUUACCGGGGACGAGUUUGAAAAGGUUCGCUGUGCGGUCAACGAAUGCUGGGACAAGAAGAUGCACCGAUCAUCAAGGAAGUCUAGGAGAUGAAACGUCCCGGCCCUCCCUCUCGACAUACAACACUAACGACACGUUCUUCUGCGGCCAGAUGCCGCCACCCAUGGUGUCCAAAGGCGCCGAGGCUAUACAUACGU